ACAGGUGCACGAACAAGAGGAGCUUCUUCGUGGAGCCGGACAAUGCCACCAGGACCUACUUCGCCUGCUCGGUGGAGGACGGCAUGAUCAGCGCCCUGCGCCAGAAGGCCGCGCAGUCCAACACCACCUUCCGCGGCGUGCAUGUCAUCCGUGACCCGCUCGCCCUGGUCGUGUCCGGGUACCUCUACCACAUGCACAGCAACGACCAUUUGCCGGACCCCGCAAUACGGCACAUGUCGCUCGAGCUCGGCAUCGCCUUCGAAGCGGAGUACGUCCUGAACGUCACCCUCAAGGAGAUGGUCGCUGCGUACGAACGCUCCCAGUCGGAGAACGGAACCAGCUACGACGAUGUGCUGAAUGUCCGGCUGGAGGAUCUCAUGAGGUCUUCGGAGGACUACGACCGCACGGCCGAGGCCAUCUGGAACCACACGCUCGGCGACAUGUCGACCCCAUACUUGAUGAAGCGCUUGCGGAAUGCGAGCAUCAAGGGCGAUUUGAGGAGGAACCCCAUGGCGGAGAGGGGGUCGGAGAAAGUCGAGGGUGAUUUCCUGUUCGGGCACGUCGCGGAUGCGGAAAUGAAGCAGAAGGCGAUGCAGGCGCUCAAGCAGAUCCCGCCUCAGCACAUGGAGGCGCUCCUCCGGGCCCGCUCCGUCCUCGGCUACCCCGAGCCGUGAGGGCUCGGCUCCUUCGGCUCUCUGGCCUCGUCGUCGUCGAUAUCGAUCGCGCUGUCGAGAAGGUGGGCGGGACGUCUGGUAGGCGGAACGCGAUACAUAGCGUCAUCCAGUGGACAUCGGCCCGGUGGCUGCAGGACACACGAUGGAGAACAAGUUUCGCGCGCCUCGCUUGUGGCAGACUCGUGCUCCGCCUCUACCUUUUCUUGUUGGCCCUCAGUCGCCUUCCUCCUCCUC